CUCCUUCUCUCUCCUGCUGCGCACCGAUCCUUGAUUGACGCGUGUAAUGCCAAGUGAGACACAUAUACAGCAAAGGUAAAAAAAAUAUAAACGAAAAAGAAGUCAACGAGAGUUUUUUUGUUUGUUCUAGAGGUUGGAAAGCGACGACUUGGCUCGGUCUGAAGUAAGGACUAUGGAUGCCGAGUGUAUGUGUUUUACUUUAGAGGCUCAGAAGAAAAUUAACUAACCGUCUAAGUCGAACUUUGUGUAACCUCAGAGACAACAUUAAAUGAAAAAAAACAUGGAUCUCCUUGUACGAAAUGAGACAUUUACAUCCUCUGAGUGCGUCGGAUCGCAGAGUGAUGCAGUGCAGAACGGAGCCGGUAAUGGGAGCGAGACAUCAAACAUCACCUGCGGCAACGUUUCCACACUGUCCAUACCUCUGCUUGUGAGGCACAAAGAUGACGACCACACACUACGGAUCCUUCUCUACUCACUCAUCUUCUUCCUGAGUGUGUUUGGCAACCUGCUAAUCAUAGUGGUGCUGACGGUCAAUAAGCGCAUGCGCACUGUGACCAACACCUUCCUGCUGUCGCUUGCUGUCAGUGACCUGAUGAUGGCUGUCUUCUGCAUGCCCUUCACACUCAUCCCCAGCAUCCUCAAGGACUUCAUCUUUGGAGCCGCCAUGUGCAAGAUUGUGUCCUACUUCAUGGGAAUAUCAGUAAGCAUCUCCACAUUUAGCCUGGUUGCCAUAGCGAUUGAGCGCUACAGUGCCAUCUGUAAUCCUCUGAAGUCACGGGUGUGGCAGACCCGUUCCCAUGCCUAUCGAGUGAUUGCUGCUACAUGGGUGCUAGCCUUUGUCAUCAUGAUCCCCUAUCCAAUCAUCAGUCACUUGGAGCCUUUUCAGCGGCCUGACAACACCACUGCUCACCAGUGCCGCCACAUGUGGCCCCUCGCAACAGCCGAGCAAGCCUGGUACAUUCUGCUUCUGCUUGUGCUGUUUGCAAUCCCAGGGUUGGUGAUGAUUGCAGCCUAUGGACUAAUCUCCAGGGAACUUUAUAGAGGCAUCCAGUUUGAGAUGGACCACAAAAAAGGCUCUACUGAUGUGAAGAAUGGACUGAACUCUACUGUGUCUACUGGCACUGAUGAUGGCGAUGGUUGCUAUGUUAAUGUUGUCCAGCAGCCAAACUCAAUGGAGAUGAGCAACGUGGCUGCAUCCAGCAGGGCAAUCAAGACGGAAAGACCACGCAGCAACACAUCUGAAGCCAAGCUGGAGGCCAAGAAGCGAGUCAUCCGGAUGCUAGUGGUCAUUGUUGUCCUAUUCUUUCUCUGCUGGAUGCCACUGUAUUGUGUCAAUACCUGGCGAGCUUUUGAUGACCUCUCUGCCAUACACGCCCUCUCAGGGACACCCAUCGCUUUCAUCCAUUUGUUGUGCUACUCCUCUGCCUGUGUCAACCCGAUUAUUUACUGCUUCAUGAACACACGUUUUCGCAAAGCUCUACUAGCCACAUUCUCGUGCUGUGCUGCACCUUGCCACCAUCACCGCCGUCGUGGGCUACGGGACAACAAAGAGGAUGUAAUGGCAACAGGAGCGUCCAUAUCCAAGUUCAGUUACACUACAGUCAGCACUAUGGGAACCUGCUAAGACAGAUGGAUGCAGGCACAAUCCGGAAGAGACAGUUACUACGGCAACACAGCACCCCACAACCUUUGUUUUCAGGCCAAUUCUAUACUCAUAGUAACAGUAAUUUGGAGUAGAAAAAAACAGGCCAUGUGUUGUAGCAGAAAAGAAGCUUCACCAUAUGCGUAAAGCUAUGUAGAGAUCAUUUAAUGAAUCACACAGUCUUAUUAACAAAAAGUGAUUAAAAAAACAAGUACAGGUAUCGCUUGUCACAGUGGACCAAGGCAUAUUGUUUGCUUCAAUGUAUAAGGCGAGGCAAGUGUGUGUGUGUGUGUGUGUGUGUGUGUGUGUGUGUGUGUGUGUGUGUGUGUGUGUGUGUGUGUGUUGUGGUGCGCUGUAUGAUAUGUGAGAGAUGAAUUAAAAAAAAUGUAGUAAGCAUUAUGUAGCUACAUAAAUAGGAAGACCGUAAUCUGUUAAUCUGUGUUAGUGAUUAUAAUUGAAAUUGCCUUGUGGACUAAGUGCCUGGUUCUACAUACUAUGAUAUCUUUGUCAGCUGUUAACAUAAACACAGACUAAAUGUAAACUGAAGGGUUGUGAAAGUGGAGUGUAAAGA